GAAUUUCCUGCUUCGGACAGCCAGACCACAGUCCCUUGGACCAAUGACUCUCAGGACCAGGCCAGGCAAGCUACCCCAGUGCGAAGUGCUUCUGCGUAUUCACUUGAUGUGGUUCAGGGUUCCAAUCCCGACCAGCCGUUGGAGAUGGGAUCUCAGCCAGAGAAGAAAGCUAGGAUGGCCCAAAAGGAUGGUUUGCCAGCAGCCCGCAAAAGCGGAGGUGUUGCGAAACCAGAAGAACAGCUUGGGGUUCCUUUUCCUAAGACAUUUGCUGUUCCAAAGCCGUCAGCACCACCGCCGCCCAAGUCUGGUGCCCCUGUCCAACCUGCCCAGUCUAAGUCCCAGCCACUGCCUUCAGCCAUCCCCAAAGGUGCUGCACCAGUCAAGCGUGAGAUGCCCACGGAAGAUAGCACACCCAACAAGAAAGCAUCACCGCCUACAGCCAACAUCCCCGCUCCACCCAAAAUGCCAUCCCCCGCACCUCCCCCUGUGCCAUCGCAACAUGUGAAGAAAGAACAAGCAGGGCCAACAAGCAGACCUGUUGCCACAGCAGCCCGCGCCGCUACUGCACCCAGUGCUCCACCUGAGGGUGAGCAGAAUCAACCAGUGGCAGCGGAAGUAGCAAAGCAAGCACCAGCACCGGCACCGGCAGAGUCAAAGGCAAACGUGCAGACACCGCCACAAGCAAAGCCAGCGUCGCAAGCACAGCCAUCGUCGCAAGCAACGCCAGCGUCGCAAGCAACGCCAGCGUCGCAAGCAACGCCAGCGUCGCAAGCAAAGCAAGCGUCGCAAGCAAAGCCAGCACCGCCAGCAAAGCCGGCAACCGAAGCAGCAGCAGCAAAGCCAGCACCGCAAGCAAAACAAGUGGCAAUGCCUCCUCCACCUGCCCCUGCCCAAGCCUCUACUUUUCAGGUGGCUCCUGGUGCAGCGCCUUUGGAGACCCCCCAAGACUACAAAGCCAGGCAACAACAAUAUAUGGUCUUCAAAAGGCAGAUUGACAAAGACAUUCCCUCCCCGAGCAUCCCCGUUGAGUUUAUCACUGCUUGGAAAGAGGCUGUUGGAUCCAGGAGUCGAACAGCCAAAAACCAGUUGUUUCAGAAAUGGUGUGAAGCUGGCGGGAACUGGGGGUUGACACUUGGUUGCACACCUACUGCAUCUCAUCAAAUUCUGUAUGAUCAACAUAUGAUCAACAUUUUUUAG